AUGAAGGCGGUUUCGGUCACUCUCGUUUCUCUUUUCGCCGUGGCCCAGGCCACUGGCUCGUGGUGGGUCACGGACAAGUGCUACUCCAAUCCCGAGAACAGCGACAACCACUGCACUGAACAUCAGAAAGGUGGCUGGGAUUGGUCUGACCUUACUACCGGAUCCUUCUCUUCGUAUGGAGGCUUCGAUUUCUCCGGUUUUAAGUGCAGUGACAACUUCAGCGGUGGCAGCAAGCGUAGCUUCGGUGGUGGCAAAUGCAUUGAAGGGAAGCUCUCCUCUACCCCCAAGUUCUCCUGCGGCCAAGAGCAAAAGGGAUUCUCCAUUAGCAAGCUGCACCUCUCCACCUCCAAGGAGACCGACGUGCACAUCGUCUAUGGCAUGCCCGAUGGUUCCACCUGCCGUAACGUCGCUUCUUGCUCGCCCGAAGGCACCCAGGUCAGCAACGACCAGUGCGGUGGUGCCACCUCCGUGAGCUUCGAGCCCCCCGCGGGAUCGGAUGAUGAUGACUGUGACAUCGGUGUCCACAGCAUUGACUUUGACUGCUCUCCUGGCAAGACCACCUCGACUCCCACCGCUGCUGUGCCAACCGAGACUGGUGUCAGCCCCGAGUCGUCCUCCACUCCUGCCAUUCCCACUCCUCUUCCUUCCUCGUCUGAUGUGGUCCCCACGUCGUCUUCUGCAGGCAUCACGACGCCCGUACCUGUCACCACUCCUGUCCAGUGGACUACCUCGACCGUGUACACUACUAGUGAGAUCACCAUCACCAGCUGCGCUCCUACGGUGACCAACUGCCCCGCCAAUUCGAUCAGUGUCAUUACCUCAACCAUUGCAGUUUCGACCACUGUGUGCCCCGUUACUGCCACCGAGACUGCCUCUGUCUCUCUGCCUUCCUCCGUUGCUGCGGGCUCGAGCUCUGGAAGCCCGACCCCCGACGUCACUCCUUCUGAGACUACUCCCUCUGAGACCUCCCCUGAAAGCACACCCACUGGCAGCUCUCCCGUCGAGUCCAGCUCCUCGACCCCGGCCAUCACCACACCUGCGACUCCUGCUCCUUCCAACACUGCCCCUGCCAUCACUGGGGAUGUCACCACUACUGUCGUAACGUACGAGACCGUGACUACCUGCCCUGUGACUGAAAUCAUCACGAGCAGCGGCACCGUCACGACCUCCACCUACAGCACUGUCUCGACCGUCACUCUGACCUCGACCGCCACCGUCUGCACUCGCUGCACCGCGGGAAGCACCACCCUUCCCUCGGGCCAGUCCCCCGUCACCGCCAGCGAGACCAGCGACGUGCCCUCCGUGACCGCCACUCCCUCGUCUGUCCCCUCCGCCCCUUGCCCCAACAUCGUGCCCAAGUGUAUCAACACCUGGCUCAGCCUGCUCCCCAAGUGCGACUCCAACAGUGACGCCAGCUGCUUCUGCCCGUCCUCCGAGUUCACUGACAAGGUCAUCGCCUGCGUGCAGUCCUGGGGAGCCUCGCAGUCUGAAAUCCAGGCCGCUCUGUCCUACUUCACCGGUAUCUGCGCUGCCUACGUGCCCCAGAACCCCGGCAUCGUGACCGGCAUCCCGACCACCAUCACCCUGGUCCCCACCGUCACCCCCACCGGCGCCGACGCAGUCACUGCUCAGCCUACUGGUGGUGCCACCGCCACGCCGACCGGUAGUGCGGCCGUCACGCCCGCUCCCCAGGCCCCCUCCGCCCCCUGCACCACCAUCACCUACUCCUCUUACACCGUGACGGUGCCUCAGGUCGCUUUCACAACUGCCACCGGCGGCUCAACCACUACCGUCGGUCUGAUCCCCGGCCCCGCCCCGACCUCAGGCGUCUCCGCGGGCACCACAACCCGCGUUCCCAACCCCUGGCUGUCCUCGACGCUGGUGACCCACCCAGGCACCGCGUCGGCUACUACCUCUCCGACCGCCGGUCCCCUCCUGUCCAACGAUGCGUCCUCGGGCUCCGUCUCGAGCAUGGUCUGGGCUGUCGCUGUCGCGGCCCUCUUCGGCGCUCUCUACUAA